CAAACUGAAAGUGCACCUUCCUCGCACUGCGUUGCAUCAUGGCAUCGUUCACGUGAGCUGUCACCUUGAACCACAUCUUACACUCGUGAUUAUGGAUAAGUUAGGCACGUCGCUUUGAUUCUUCGUCGAAUACACUCAGUAUCAUUUCGUUGAGGCACGAAGUUACACAAGAAACAGCACAGAUUAAUGAUAGCGAGCACAACUUUCCGUCAUAGCACUGCUCUCCUCUGAAUGCCCGUUACACGUCCAUUGAUGCAUCAUCCUCUCGACACAAGAUCCCCUAUCCACGUCCCGAAAAUGGAACAGAAGUAUGUCCGUCUUGAUGUGCUUCCUUGUCAUUGCCGGAUCUCUCGCUAGAUCUUGAGAUAGGUCCCACAGCUUCGGGAUCACAACGCUCUUGUUCGAGAAUAUGUGUUGCAGCCGGCCUAUUACAGUGAUAUAGAGGCCCAAAAGGCCGUUUGCGUUACAUCAAAACGAGCCGGCAAUGGCAAUUUCCGGAUAACUCAUAUAUAUCAAACUCAGCCGUUAGACAGCACAAGAACCUCUCGUCACGCCCAAUUCUCAAAUGGGGCCCUCUCAGCAUAGGCUUGCUACAUUCUCAAAUCCCAGGGGAUGCCACGAUGUUCUCCAAGUGGAAGCCAGUACAGCCGAUCCACGACUCGGGUCGAUGUGCUUAGCCGUACACCGAGGCGACCUUCAGAAAGAUGUCUUGGUUAACCCUGCAGUCUUUGGCUACGGAUAUUCGCUACAUGUAGAGGCUGGGAAAGAUUACCCUUUCUGUGACACCAAAACAUUCAACGUUGGAUCACGCAACGGCAGCUGGAAAAAGACGCACUUGUUGCCCCUUUCCUUGGUCCAAGUGAGGACUGUAACGUUAACAAUGCAUCCCUCCGAGACCUUGCCGACCAUGCUAAUAUUCCGAAGAAGCACCAAUAUGAGGGAAGUAUAACGAGUGAUAUAUAUGUUCUCCUGGCCUUAGUGUUUUUUUUUCUAUCAGCGAUUCCUCAUCCCCUAUCAUUCGUUCAGACCAUCCCGCCACCAUGAAGUCAUACAAUCUGUUGACAGUCUUGCUGGUUGCGGCAUCAGUGGCCGUUGAUGCCGAGGAAAUCAAUAAAACAGCUGUUCGUUCCUCCAGAAAUAGUCGAACGAGCACUGGAAACACCCGCAAGUUCAUUGUUGAAGUCGAGCCGAAUCGAGGCACGACCACAGUGACACGCCAACUCCUCAUGAAACCUGGUCGAAAAAGGCCUUUGUUCCAGAGCUUUGAUUGUAGUGAUGUUUUCAGUGGAAUGGUGGUUGAAACUGACACAGAUAAUAUGGAUACAUUGCUCCAGAUGGAGGGGGUUGUGAACGUGUGGCAAGCCCACAAAGUGGCCAUACCAAAAGUCGAGAAUUCAGAGAGCGGCCCAUCUUCAUCUAUAAGAAACUAUUCUAUUCAUCACUGGACGGGUGUUGACAAACUCCAUGCUGCCGGUAUUCGUGGAAAGGGCUCAACUGUCGCGAUAAUUGACACCGGCAUUGACUAUACCCACAAAGCGGUAUUUUCAUUCUGAAGCUGGUUCUAUUCACUUACUAAUUUUGUAAAGCUCGGAGGCUGUUUUGGACCUGGAUGCAAAGUCAAAGGGGGUUAUGAUCUUGUCGGAGCAGACUGGGAAACUCACAAUGAGAGAAAACAUCCUAAGCAACCCGAUAAUGAUCCCAUGGACUACCAAGGUCAUGGAACUCACGUUGCAGGUAUCAUUGCUGCUAAGAAUGAAUGGCUUACUGGAGUUGCGCCCGAGGCCGAACUCCUCAUAUACAAGGUAUUCUCUGAUGAUCCAUGGGAGACCGACGAAGAGACCAUUAUGCAAGCACUGUGUGAUGCUUACAAUGCGGGAGCCGAUGUUAUCACCUCGAGCAUUGGCCAACCCAAUGGUUGGUCAGAUAACCCCUGGGCUAUGUUAGCCAGCCGACUGGUAGAUAAGGGCGUAGUCGUGAUAGCAUCAGCUGGUAACGAAGGAGAAUUUGGACCGUUCUACUCCAGUAGCGGAGCUGUCGGUAGAGGAGUUCUAGCUGUCGCUGCUGCUAAUGUUACUACGAAGCCAAAUGCUAACAGAACUGGCGAGGAUCUUGGGCCACUUCCCGUCUACUUCACGACAUGGGGCCCGACCAACGAGUUGCUUCUUAAACCCGACAUUACCGCCCCUGGAUACAUGAUCAUGAGUACUGUACUGAACCAGAGCUACGAGGAACUGAGUGGGACAUCCAUGUCGGCGCCCUACAUUGCAGGCAUUGCGGCUUUGUUCGUGGGUCAGUACGGUGGUCGUGCUUUCAAUGGCGCAGGCUUCGCCAAAAUGCUCAGAGAUCGCAUCGCAUCAAGUGGGACGACCCUACCGUUUGUCAAUAAUCGCCUAAUGCGCAAGUACAAAGCCUCGCCUUUCCAGGUUGGUACUGGACUGGUUGACGCCUGGAAAGUUCUCAACUAUGACACUCAACUCGAGUAUGAGCCUUUUUCUCUGAUGGACACAGAGCUGUUCCGGCCUCGAUGGAGUUUCAACAUCACCAAUACUGGCGGGAUAGCACACGAAUACACUUUUAAGCUUGAGCCCCAAGCGGGUUUCAACAUUUACGAUCCCGAAUAUGGAGUGGCUUUACUUUAUGCUAUUGAGCCCAAAAACAUUGUCCCUCCUGUGAGACUCCCACACAGGGUCCUCAUUGAACCCGGGGAGACAAGAGAGUUGAGUGUUACUUUUGGGCUUCCCGACGUUGACGAUGAUUACCUGCCACUAUACAGUGGCAAGGUAUUGAUCAAUUCCGAUCAUGGGGAGAAACUGGCUAUCCCAUACGGAGGAGCUGCAUAUGAUACCGAGAAAGCAUUUGACAAUAUGUUCAUUGUUGAUCCAUUUGUUACGGAUCCCGAUAGAGAUUCAGCAUGGUCUUUCAAUAUCGAUAGAGAUGCGAGUGACUUUAUUGAAAUUGGCGGUAGGACAUCAUACGCCUGCGACAAUCUUAGGUGGGACAUCUUCGAAAAAGGUUGGUCAGAAUCUUUAUGGACUUAUCCUCCACGGGUCGGAAGACAUGGUUUUAUUGGUUCAGCAACAACAAUGCGGGAUGCGGAGGAAUUCUGGUUCUUCGAUCCUACUGCCAACGAUCCGAAUGACACAUUACCGUUCCCGCUUAAACAACAAUCACGAGGAUUUCACGUCUUUUGGUGGUUUGGCAAGCUCGCCAACGGCACAAGAAUAGCCCCUGGAAACUACACAAUGCGUUUCGCAGCUCUUCGGCCUUAUGGAAAUCCAAACAUCUCCGAUCACUGGGAUGUCAUGAACAGCCCCACGGCCAGCAGCAUCCAGGUGCUGCCGUACAACGGUACACGCAACUCGACAUUGAAGUACAGAGCACCCAAGUACCAGACGCCGAGCCUUGGAAAGGGGCUCCUAAAAGGUUAAUCGGUAACGGAAGGCUUGCCCUGGGAGGAUUUGACACUUGGCUUGGGCUAAUAUAAAUCGUCCCAUGAAUGCAUCGGUCACAAACAUGGGCACACGCAGUGAUGUGAUACAUCAUCAUUUACCUCAUCUCGAUUUGUUCUAUCCUAGCAACGCCAUUUGUAGUAUAUAUCCAAGCAGUUAUUGCCCCCAGUUUUGUUAACAGUGCAAACCCAACUGCAUAUGCUCCUGACACGAACUCCGUAAAUACAGGUACCAAACUCCUUAGCCAAUCGUAUUAUCGUGAAAACGAAAUUUAGAAAGCAUUCCCAAUAACCCUAAGUCUAUGCCCACUUACCCAAAAGACUCAUCACCACCAGGCCGGCAACCAGACCAGUGCCGGCAAGAAUGGUAGUGAGCAGAUUGGCGUCAGCGAGCUCAGCCUUGUGGCCAUGGCCCCCUGACAUCCAGUCUGCAGCCCACAUCUC